AUGGGUCCUUGCCUUUCCGUGCAGAAGAACCGGAACGUCGCCUAUCAUUCGGCGCGUUCGAUGAAGAACGCGGCGAACAAUCCGCCGAAGGACAUCGAGCGUAACCUCGUCCAGCUCUUCGAGAAGGCGGACAAGAGCAAGUUCAGGUUCGACGAGGUCAUCUCCGGAGGGAGCUACUCGUACCAGAAGUCCGGGGAGAAGACGGAGGUUGAGGGCUUGAUCUCGGACGGGAUCGCGGAGUUCAAGGCGAAUCCCGGGAAGUACGUCGCAAUCUCGUACCAGACGAGCAUGGCGGAUUGGCCUGAGGACCAGCAGAAGUACACGCUCUACAUGCGCAAGGGCUGGCAGGGCCUCAAGCCCAAGGAGGCGGACGACGGGUGGCAGACGUGGAUCGUGUCCAGUUACGAGUGCCUCCCCAAAAUUGACCUCGGCAGCGCCGCCGACACGCACACCGACGGCAUGAACUACGAAGGCCGCAAGCUGCACGACCCGGUGAACAACCCCCCGCUCCAGCCCGGGCGCGGGAUGGGGUGCGCGGACAUCCCGGGCCUCAAGAUCAUCGGCGACGUGGACCCGAACGACGUCCACCAGGGCCAAGUCGGCAACUGCUGGCUGCUCUCCGCCAUCUCCGCGCUCGCCGAGUUCGACGGCGCGGUGCACAAGCUAUUUGCCAACACACCCGGCGGGAUCGAGGACAUGCCGCGUGAAGGGCCGAACGAGUACCACGUGACGCUGUACGACCUCAGCACGUGGGAGCCCGUGGACGUGGUUGUCGACGAGCGCCUCGCCGCGAACGCGCAGAACCCGGGCAAGCUCCUGGGCGCCGCCCCGAGCGACGACGGCGAGCUGUGGGUGUGUUAUUUGGAGAAGGCGUUUGCGGUGCACUGCGGCGGUUGGGACGAGAUCAACGGCGGGCAGUGCACGCACGCGUGGAGCAUCCUGACCGGGUGCAAGGAGACGUACGAGAUCCGCGCUGCCGGCGACGGCACGUACCAGUGCCUCGGCAAGUACAACCCGAACGAGGACAAGUGGGAGGCGCAGGCGAACUCGAUCAAGAAAUCCUUCCCCGGCUUGUGGCCCAUGAAGUGGCCAGACGUCGGCGUCGAGUACGGCGUGGUGGACGGCGAGAAGUUCCACAACGUCUCCGCGGACGACCUGUUCAAGAAGAUCGCCGCGUGGGACGCGAACAAUUACAUAAUCGGUGCCGGCACGGGGGGAUCCGGGGACGACACCAGGGAUACCGACGGCAUCGUCGAUGGGCACGCGUACACGGUGUUGCGGGCGCACGAAGACGUCGCCGGGUCCGGCUUCGACAUGGUGCAAGUGAGGAACCCGCACGGCCACGGCGAGCUCGAGAACGGGUACUGGGACGACGACGGCCCGGGCUGGGACGAACACCCCGGCGUGAAGAAGGCGCUCAGGCCCGUGCAGCGCGACGACGGGAUCUUCUGGAUGUCCAAGGAGGAGUUCUUCAAGUACUUCGGGAGCAUCUACCUGUGCGCGAAAGACAUGAGCGAGUUUUUGCGGGAUUAA